CCGCUUACUCCUGGACAUCGACUUAGCAUGACACUCAAAUUGUAAAGAAGACGACUUUAAGACAUUCCAUGUGCAUUCUAUGCCCACUUGGUUCUCUUUGAAAAAUAAUCUACGCUUCGUCAAGUAAUUCAGGAGACAACCGUAGCAAUUAUUAAAGUUUUGGCUCCUGAUUACUUGAAAGUACCUACUCGUGAAGACUGGAUUAGAAUAUCUGAAGGAUUUAAGGAUGUUUGGAACUUGCCUAACUGCGGAGGAGCAAUAGACGGCAAGCAUAUUACGAUAAAAGCACCAGCAAACUCUGGUAGUUUGUUUUUCAACUACAAAAAAACCUUCAGCACUGUCUUAAUGUCAAUAUGCGACCACGAAUAUAAAUUCAACUUGGUUGAUAUUGGCUCAUUUGGAGGUUGUAACGAUGCUGGAAUUUUUGAAGACAGUUUAAUUUCAGAGGGAUUGUUUAAUGGUAUUUUGAAUCUACCCGACGAACAGUUUCAAAUUCCAAAUUUUAGUAUUACAACCCCAAUUUUUUUGGUGGGUGACGACAUUUUUCCUAUAUCUACCAAGUUGUUAAAACCAUAUCCUGGUUCUUAUUUAAGUGAUGAACAAAAGGUUUUCAAUUAUCGCUUGUCACGUGCGAGAAGGAUUGUUGAAAACGCUUUUGGUAUUAUGGCUUCAAGAUGGAGAAUUUUAUACACUAAAAUUUCUGCCGACCCUCAGAAAGUCGAUAACAUUGUCAUGGCCAUUAUUUGCCUUCAUAACUUUUUAAUGUCUAUAAACAAUAAAGCAGACACAAAUAGACAGCAAUAUUGUCCAGCAUCUCAUGUUGAUCGAGAAACAGAAGGAGGACGUGUCUUAUUAGGAGAUUGGCAAUUUGAUGGUAACGAUCAACUAAAAUCAUUUCCACCAAUCCAACCAGAACGUCGAGGUACUUUAAUUGGUCAACAAAUGCGUAACACUCUGGCUGCACACUUUUCAAGUCCGUCAGGAGAAGUACCGUGGCAAUGGGAUUAUAUUAGAUGACAAAAUCGAGACAAUCAUUAAAAAUGGAUUUACUUUUUUUACCAGACUCAAUUUUUCGGGUAUUUUAAAAAUAUAUAUUCUACUCUUUAAAUGUUUUAAUAAAUAUAUUAUUUAUUUGAAAAACCUUUAAAUCAGUUCAAACAAAAUGUG